GUCGCAAGCGCCUCCCCCUCCGUCGCUCCCCGCCUUUGCCUGCUCGCUCUCUCCUUGCCACAAACAGCGCCGGCUGCCAAGGCGCCUCUCUCCUGCUCCUGCUGCUGCUGUCUCCAAUUUCUCCCACUCCGGCGCAACAUGAGGGUCUGGGGCUCCGCGUGGGCUUGGCUGGGCUCGUCUCCUGCCCUCUGCCUCGCCUGUGUCCUGGUGGAUUAAUCGGCGGCGCCUGGAUCGGGACCCCAAGGAAGGAUUUUAGUAUUACCUGAAUCUGUUCAAGCACAACUGGUCCUGAUGGGGGACUCAGGAUCAAGACGUUCAAUUAUUGUGUCCCGACUGCCAAUAUUCCGGAGAAGUAUUAGUCGAAGACAAAAUUCUCUUCCAUCAUCUCCAACUUCCAACAGUACUGUUGGUGUUCACAGCUCUUCCCCCUCCAGCACUAACUCAAGCUCAGGAAGCACAGGCAAACGCCGGAGUCUGUUCCGCACACCUUCCAUUAGCUUUCAUCACAAGAAGGGGAGUGAACAGAAAAAUGAACCUUCAAGCCAAACUGUGGGUAUUUUGAAUGGUUCUCAAUCUAGCCACAGCAACGUUUUGCAGAAGCUGAAUUUGGAGGAGCAUGUGAAAAGCAGAGGGAGACAUUCAGUAGGCUUUGGAAGUUCUCGAAGCAAGAAGAUUACAAGGUCCUUGACAGAGGACUUUGAAAAGGGGAGAGAGCCUUCAUCAAAUAAGAAUGUCUUUAUAAACUGCAUACGGUCUGGAAAAAAUGAAGGCGAUGACUCUGGAUUUACAGAGGAGCAAAGCAGAUCUUCUGUCAGACGUUCCUCAAGAAAACUUCUCCCCAAAUCUUUUUCAACACACUAUAGGUUUUCAAAGCCAGUUCCUCAAAGUCAGUCAACCUCCUGUGAGAAGCAAUCUUCUUGCUUGCUGGAUAUUAAACCUAGUGUUGAAAGUGAGCCUGUUUCAUCAAGAUCCUCUCAUUCAUGUUCUCCUGAGGUAAUAGAAUGUGUAGGCAGCUCUUUACAGUCACCCAUGCUUUCCACUGACCUUACCACAGUACAGACACCUUCUGAAUUUCUUGCAUUGACUGAAGAUUCUGUCUCAGAGGUCGAUGGGAUGCCCAACUGUGGAAAUUUGCACGCAGAAACCCAUGUCCACAAUGGUUCUACCUCUCAAAUCUUCCUCAGUCCUGUUGCUGCUGUAGCUGUUGCUGCUCCUCUCCUUUCAAGGAAAGCAGAUCAUGCAGAAAGUGUUUCUCAUUGUGGUGUUUCAUCAUCUGAAAGUCAAAGGGCUAGAAAUGUGCUGCUCCAUGAAGCUGUAUCUGUAUCAGAAAACUAUGAUUCUAAGCGAAACCAUGCAAAUGCAUUAGUACAAGAGCUUCCUGCUAGACAGAAGAGACACCCAGAAGAAGCAAACUCAGGAGCUGAAGCACAACUAAAACCAUUUGUCUUAAGCCAGGGAGAAGUAACUGAACAUUCUCCAAAUGCACAGAGAUUAUUUAGGGACCAACAAGAAAUUAGAGUACCUGAAUCCAUUAGAGAAACGAUGCCAGUAUCUGAGUCUAAGAACAUUCCUUUGCCAUCAGAACCUCAUCCUUUUCAAGUCCAGCAGGGCUAUGAAAUAAACCAUACAAAAGUAAAUCUUGCCAGUAGCUUUAGCCCAUAUCGAGAGGGAAGAUUCAUAGAAAAACGAUUGAGGUCCUCUUCAGAAGGCACUGCUGGGAGUAGCCGGAUGAUCUUAAAGCCAAAGGAUGGGAGCCUAGAAGAAUCCAACAGUCUUCGAAAGCAAAGAGCAAGCUCCUCUUCAUCAAAAAUGAACAGUAUGGAUGUUCUGAAUAACUUGGGUUCUUGUGACUUGGAUGAAGAUGACCUCAUGCUUGAUUUGGAAUUCCUAGAAGACCAGCAUCAUCGCCGUUCUGUUUGCCGGGAAGAUUCCCACCAAUCAAUCGUGUCUUGUGCUGCAGUGCUACUUACACCCAUCGAACCAGCUGAAGGGAAAAAAAAGGAACAACCAAAAAUGCCUGAAGUGACCAAACAGAAUCUGUCUCUGAAGUUGUCAAAGGAGACGGAUCGAGGAGAAACAAGGUGUCCUCAUGUCAAUCAACUUGCCAGCAGCCCGUCUGUGGAAUGGCCUUUUGCAGCCAUGGAAGAAGGUGGAGGGAUGGAAUCCUUGCCUUUACGGCUGAUGAUGCAAGACUGUACAGCUGUUAAAACACUGCUGUUGAAAAUGAAGCGGGUUCUCCAAGAGAGCACAGAUAUGAGUCCUGCCAGCAGUACUAACUCACUUCCUGUUAGUCCACUUACUGAAGAGCCAUUGCCAUUCAAGGAUAUAAUGAAAGAUGAAUGCUCGACAUUGAAGCUACAGCUGAAGGAAAGAGAUGAACUCAUUUUCCAGCUCCGUGAAGAACUGGAAAGAGCUCAACAUUUACAGAAUGCUCUUGUCUCUCAAGUAGAUAAAUCCACACAGACUGAACUUGUAGGCCAUGAUGCUAUAUUUCUAAACAAAAUGGCGAGCCAAACUCUCAACACAAAGGACCGAAAGUCAGCACAUACACCCACCGAGGACCAUUUUAGAUAUAUGUCAGGCAACCAAACAUCCUCCUAUGAAAGCAAAAGCUGCCAGCUGUCAAGUGUGUGUCUCGGCAACCUCUUGAAAGAAAAAGAAAGAGUGGAAGGCAUCAAGCACACAAGAGACACUUAUGAAACCUUUACUUCAGAGGUCAGUCAGAAUGGCGUAGCAGCAGAAGCGCAAAAGAUGUCCAAGUUGACAGCCCUGUCUGAGAGCAACCCAGUUUUUUCUGGGGCUCUGAAAGAACAAGUUCCAGCCCCUCGACAACAUUCUAAUUUCAUAGGAAGGCUGGGGCAGCCUCCAAGAGGACCCAUCUCUUUACACAUGUACAGCCGAAAAAAUGUUUUCCUACACCACAAUCUUCACACAUCUGAGCUUCAGUCUUUAGGCCAGCAAGAUGGGUAAAUGGAGUCAGCACAUUAUUUAUUAAAGACAGAGCCUGGUGGUUAGUUUAACGGGCCGCCAUGGUCUUUUUUUUUAACUGACUUGAAUUCUCAUCAGCUGCUACCUACAUGUUUUUUUAAGUGUUUUAUUGUUGUCUAUGAAAUCUGAACUUUCCCUCUAAAGUGUGGGUUGGGAGAGGGAGGGAGGGGGUAGGCUCGCAUGUUAAUGUAAAUGAGUAAUAAAAUGUCUUGUGGAAUUCACCAGAGUAUAAUGUCCCAAAAUUAAGGAAAGCCAGUACAAAGCUUCAAAGGAAAUGGAUGGGAGCAAAUCCAGUGAAUGUCCAAAAAGGCCUAGUUUGGUGUCUGCCCCCUCCUUCCUUCCAUUAAUUUCUCACUUAUAAAUUUUUGAAGACUAUUUCAAAUAACAUUCUAUUCCUUUUAAAUAAUGUGACUGUGAAUGUAGAUGUGAAGAAAGAGUAGAGGAUUAGAUUGCAAACUUCAAAAUGGGUACAAAAUCAAAAAUAAAUGGUAUUUGGGA